AUUCAUUCCAGGACGGAUAAGUACAAUUCAUUCAAUAUGUGUGUUUAUUUUGGUAAUAAUCAGUGUUUGUGCCGAUUUUGGUAACGCCCAACAUUAACAUAAAUAAACACACAUAUAAUAAGUAAGUCAAAUUUUUACCACCAAAAAAUUUGCAAAUAAUUCUUAUUCCUACUACAAUACAACCUUUGGUUAACCGCCUUAGGGCGUUACGGAGCAUUAUAAAUUUAUAACCGCGGCGGCCGCUUUUUCCUCAAUUAUAACCUCUACACUUCUACAGUCUGUAACUGCUGACCCACGUCUCUUUUUUUUUCUUUUUUUUUUCAGUUCUUCAAAAUUUGAACUUUCAUGAAUGAAUUUGGGUGCCCGCAAUAUGACGGUUGCAAUCCAUUCCGUUGUGUAAGGUUUGUUUCUUUUUCUCUUUUCCACUUCCAGAGCAACUGCUUGCAAGGGUCUCCAUUCUCAAUCAACUCCAGCUCUUCUUCUUUUACAUUCUCCUCUAAAGCUUCAACGUUGGAGCCGGGUUUUUUUGUGUCUCAGCAGAAUGAAAUCGGAAUCAAUGAGUCCCUGGAAGAGACCCUGUGAUUUCGAUUACAAUGGUGACCCUUAUCGGGCAAUUGAACCGAAUUUCAAGCGCACAAAGUUUGAUGGAAACCAAAAAGUUCCUAACUGUAAUGGAGUCACACUUGGAGACUGCCUGAGUAUUGCUCAGCGUGUUUUUGAUAUGAAGACUCGUAGCUCUACUAGCUAUAAUGAAAAACAGAAGGAAUUCAGUGACAGUGAGCAGAGAUAUGCAUUGAAGGAAAAAUCAAAUAAUGUUACUGAAAUUGGAGUUCCUUCAAAGCAUGGUUUGUUUGAAAGGCGACCUUCGAUGGCAUGUGGGGGGGAUUCUUUUCAAGAAGGUGAAGCCAUGAAGAAGUGUAUGGUUACGAUGAAAGUGCAGAAUAGAGUAUUACAGGGUAUUGCACCCAAGAAUCCUACAAGUCAGUUUCAACAUGGAUGUCACCCUGUAAUUGACGAAAUAGAUUCUCAUGAUUCAUUAUUGAGGGACCAUCAUUCACAAAGGCUUGAUUUAAAGUGUUCUUUUGAAAACAAAGCUACUGUUGAGCAUCCAAGUAGGCAAGUUGCAAAUUGUGAAGAGGGCGUGCUGUUUGGUGAUAAAGUAGUGGUCUUGAAUAUGUCAGGACAGUCCAGGGUAUCAACCGAUCAGACUCUUUACAAAGAUGAAGACCAUUUUCGUUUGUACUACUAUGUUCCCGAUUAUGGGGUAUCUGUUGAGUACCAUAUUCAGAAACCAAAACAAUCUAAAAAUUGCAUAUAUCUUCUUUCUGAUAGAUACAAUGUGGAGGAAUCCCGCAGACGUGUGGAACAGGCCUUGAAGCAUUUUUGGGAUGCCUACCAUAGACAUUUGCAAGCAUAUGAAGCAGAGAGGCAUGACCAUGUAAAAGUUAGUCAUAGGACUUAUGUAAAGACAGCAGUGGAUCUUAGAUCUGCGAAAAAGUGGGUGAAUUCUGAAAAGUUCUAUGUUGGGCAUGUUCCUGGAUUAGAAAUUGGUGACAAAUUCCAGUUUAGAGCUGAACUUGCUGUAGUAGGCCUUCAUCACCAAUUUGUGCAUGGCAUAAAUUAUGUGAAAAUACAAGGGAAGAACUUUGCAGUUAGCAUAGUCGAUUCCAGCCGUUAUGAUAACCAGAUGAUAUCACGAAACAGUUUCAUAUAUGUCGGUCACGGUGGAAAUCCAAAACUUUACGGCAAUGAUCCUAAGGAUCAAAAGCUGAUUUGUGGCAACCUUGCCCUGAAAAAUAGCAUGGAAAAAGGUGUACCUGUAAGGGUUAUCCGUGGUAAUGACGUGUACGUAUACGAGGGCCUUUUUCGGGUGACCAAGUGUUGGGAAGAAAGAGAGGACUACGGAAAAAUGGCAUUCAAGUUCGAGCUCCAUAGAAUCUCAGCCCACCCACCACCAAGCCUCACCAACAAAAAAAUCUCCGGGUGCCAAAAGUUAAGAAAACUCAACACGGAACGCAUUGUGGUCAAAGACCUUUCUCAGGGUAGGGAGAAUUUCGCCAUACCCGUGUUUAGUGAUUCAUAUGCCGAUACACCGUCAUCUUUCAGUUACAUGACAAGCAUUAGAUAUCCUGACUGGUAUCAUCUGUCAGCCCCACUUGGCUGUAUUUGCGAAAAUGGGUGCUCAGAUUCUAUUCAUUGCUAUUGUGCAUUUAAAAACGGAGGUAGUAUCCCGUUCAACAGCCAAGGAUCUAUUAGUAAUAUUCACUCAAAACCCGUUAUCUACGAAUGUGGCCCGUCCUGCAAAUGCCCACAGUCGUGCAGAAACAGAGUUAGCCAAAAAGGCUGCCGGUAUCAGCUUGAGGUCUUCAGGAAAGGAUCAGAUGGUGGGGGAUGGGGGGUCAGGUCGCGGGAUUACAUUUCAGCCGGGAGCUUCAUCUGUGAGCUUGUUGGAGAGUUGGUUGAAGACGACUGUAAUGGCAAAGGAUUUGGUUACAGAAUUGAUGGAAGUGGUUUCAGAAUCGACACGGAGCGUUACGGAAAUGUGGGGAGAUUUAUCAAUUGUGGCCUGGCAGCGAACAUUUAUCCACAGAAUGUCGUGUACGAUGAUGAUUACGAGAUUGUCCCUCAUGUAAUGUUCUUUGCUUCUAAGAGCAUUCCACCAGGGCGUGAACUUAUACGCCCUGUUUAAAGUCUACAUAGAGAGUGAUAGAGAGUCCUGCACAGCUUAUUAGCACUAACCAAUCAGUAUCAUAGGAAGUUCUCUUUCCAUGGUCUGACCCAACCAACCUCGGAUUAGGAUAUAGGAAAUGCUAUUUUAAACUACCUUUGACACCACAUCAUUUUUUGUUGGCACACACUAAUGGGCCAAUGGCAAAGGAAAAUAUGAUCUGGGUUCCAAAUUGGUGAGUUGUUAGUGUCUGUGUAGCAUUAUCCUAGUGAGAUUGUAUAUUCUUUUGACCUCUUUUCUAGUCAAUCUGGCUUCUUAUGAUGUAGCUUCUUUGCUUCUAUGUUUUGAAGUUACAAAAAUGUCUUGCAAGCAGUUAGUUGGUUUGAUGGAUGAGAGUAAUUUUUGAAUGGGUAAUGCGUCUUAGUUCUUACAUCAUGUGUUAAUGACACCUUAAUGUGCAUACUAUUUUAAUAUAUUCUAGUAAGCGAA